AUGACGCCAGAGUACAAGGCCGAGAAGGAGGCCUCCGUCUCUUUCCUCGGCGGCGGCGGAAUCUGGGAGAUCAACUUUGUCACCGUGAUUGCUCCUGUCGCAGCAUUACUAUGGGCCAUUUUCCAGACACGUCAAAGCUUCUUCAAGCCGUACACGAUCUCGGCCGGACUGCUGGAUUUCUUACUCCAUUGCGGAGCGAUUCUGUUUGCAACGACUGUCUAUGGCAACGGACCUCAGAUACUCCUCGGGCUACUCUUCUUACCUGCUGUCGCAGUUUUACUGCAGCCGACGUCUGGCUCGGCACCGGUUCCGAAGGUUCCCAGCCAGGUCAAUGCCAAUGGAAAGCCGACUAGCGCUGAGCAAGGCUCGACGGCCGACCUUGAUCCGCUGCCUAUCAAGCCAUUCAUCACCAUGUAUCGAGGAGCGAUGAUGAUCAUCACGUGCACCAGUAUUCUUGCUGUCGAUUUCAAAGUCUUUCCACGUCGCUUUGCCAAGACGGAGAGCUUUGGCACUUCAUUGAUGGAUAUGGGUGUAGGCUCCUUCGUCUUUGGAGCAGGCAUGAUCGCAGCUCGACAGCAGCUCAAGGAGCAGCUAUCAGGCGCACCUUCGAUACCCAACGGUCUUAAUAAUGCUGUUCGUCAUGCAUUGCCACUCGCCGCCCUCGGCUUCGUCAGGUUCUGGAGCGUGAAAGGCUUGGAGUACGCUGAGCAUGUCAGUGAAUAUGGUGUUCACUGGAACUUUUUCUUCACACUUGCACUACUUGGCCCAGUCACCGCCAUACUGCAGCCUCUCCUGAGGCGUAUACCCUCGCUCGGUGGUUUGACCUUCUUCAUUGCAUGUGUCUACGAAUGCGCACUCUACUUCACUCCAGAUCUAAAAGUCUACAUCAUCCUAUCGGAGCGCAUACCUGGAGACUGGCUAUCACAGAACCGCGAAGGUGUCUUCUCAUUCAUUGGUUACCUAGCCAUCUUCCUUGCUGGUAUGGGUACAGGCAGAACCAUUCUAGCAAGAGAUUCUGGCCCAGAAGACGAGAUGAACGCUGCAGACGGCGAUCCGCUAGAUGAAGACGACGAAUGGCUGGCAGAAGUGCUCGGUAGCUCAGACCAGAAUGAUGUGACUGGUGCCGACAAUGCGACAGCCACCAAGCCAGCGCCAAAGAAGAACGAACCUCAUCCAGAUCCAAUGGGCAUCAUCUACGUGGCCAAUUCUAAAGAUGACUCUAUCUUCCUCGCAAAGUGGACUGGUAUAUGGUUCAUUCUAUCAGGCUGGGCAUUGUGGCACUAUGGCCCGCGUUUGACUGUCUCUCGCCGCAUGGCCAAUCUACCAUACAUUGUCUGGGUCUGCUGCUUCAACACGGCGCAGUUACUGCUCUUCAAUCUUGUGCAGAGGCUGAUGUUUCCAAACGUUCAUGAGGCUAAGGAUCGGGAGACGGAAAGGCAGAGAGUCAAGGAUGCUACGAGUAGGGUCAUGCAUGCUUUCAAUCGCAAUGGGCUAGCUUUGUUCCUGCUGGCGAAUCUUUUGACUGGCGCUGUCAAUAUGGCUGUGCCUACUUGGCAUAUGGAUGACGUGUCUGCUAUGGCCAUCUUGGUGACCUACAUCGCGACACUGUGCGGCGCGGGUUUGCUGCUUGACCAUUACGAUAUAUCAAUCAAGCUAUAG